AUGGGGCGCUUCACCGUCUGGGACUAUGUGGUCUUUGCGGCCAUGCUGCUGAUCUCGGCUGUCAUCGGGGUCUACUACGCCUUUGCAGGAGGGGGACAGAAGACAUCCAAAGAUUUCCUUAUGGGGGGCCGCAGCAUGAGCGCCCUCCCCGUCGCCCUCUCCCUCACCGCCAGCUUCAUGUCAGCUGUCACCGUGCUGGGCACACCUGCCGAGAUCUACCGCUACGGAGCCAUCUUCUGUGUCUUCGCCAUCACCUAUGGCCUGGUGGUGCUGUGCAGUGCUGAGAUCUUCCUGCCUGUCUUCUACAAGCUGGGCAUUACCAGCACCUACGAGUAUUUAGAGCUUCGAUUUAAUAAAUACCUGCGCCUCUGUGGAACAGUCCUCUUCAUUAUACAAACGGUUUUAUACACUGGUAUUGUCAUUUAUGCUCCAGCUUUAGCACUAAAUCAAGUCACUGGCUUCGACUUGUGGGGUGCAGUGGUGGCAACCGGCGUGGUCUGCACUUUCUACUGCACACUGGGUGGUCUGAAGGCAGUGGUGUGGACAGACGUUUUCCAGGUUGGAAUCAUGGUCGCUGGAUUUUCAUCUGUGAUUAUACGAGCUGUGGUGGUUCAGGAGGGAAUUGGACGCAUUGUAAAUGAUUCCUACUAUGGAGGAAGAUUAAACUUCUGGGACUUUAAUCCCAAUCCUUUGCAAAGGCACACCUUCUGGACAAUUGUUAUAGGUGGGACCUUCACAUGGACUGGCAUAUAUGGGAUCAACCAGUCUCAAGUACAGAGAUACAUCGCAUGCAAAAGCAGGUUCCACGCAAAAAUGUCCCUCUACAUCAACCUGGUGGGCCUCUGGGCGAUACUGGCCUGCGCGGCGCUGUGUGGACUGGCCCUCUACUCCAUCUACAAGGACUGCGACCCGUGGACGGCAAAGCAGGUGUCAGCACUCGAUCAGCUAAUGCCAUACCUAGUGCUGGAUAUUCUCCAUGAUUUUCCAGGAGUGCCAGGGCUUUUUGUGGCCAGUGCCUACAGCGGAACAUUAAGUACAGUGUCCUCCAGCAUCAAUGCUCUGGCUGCCGUGACUGUUGAAGACCUCAUUAGGCCGUACUUCAAAUCCCUCUCUGAAAAGAAGUUGUCAUGGAUUUCCAUGGGGAUGAGCCUGUUUUAUGGUGGAGUCUGCAUUGCUAUGGCUGCACUGGCAUCUCUCCUGGGAGCCUUGUUGCAGGCAGCACUCAGCAUUUUUGGCAUGGUCGGUGGCCCCCUUUUAGGACUGUUUGCCUUGGGAAUCCUCUUUUCAUUUUCUGUUUUGCAGGGUGCAUUUGUGGGUCUUGUCAGUGGCUUUGUUAUUUCACUUUGGGUUGGAAUAGGAGCUCAGAUUUAUCCUCCACUCCCAGAAAGGACCAAGCCACUAUAUCUCUCAACUGCAGGCUGUAAUAUAUCCUCAGAAAAUUUGACAUCAACAGAAAUUCCCUUAACAACAGUCUUCAGCACACCAACUGCAGAGAGGCCUGCCCUGGCAGACAACUGGUAUUCCUUGUCGUAUCUCUACUUCAGCACACUUGGGACACUUAUCACACCAGAGAAAGUGCAAGUGUUGAACUGGAAACAGUUUACCGCGGCAGAUGAAGGAACUGACAACCCUGCUUUCAGCCACAUUGAAAUGGAUGUUGCAAGCAAUAAGAACAACGUCAAUGGCCUUCAUAUAUGA